UGGCUGAUUUGGGCUCGCGCACAGGGAGAGUGUUCCAAAAAAAGGGAAAAGGAAAAAAAAAGAAACCAGCCCGCAUUUCUCUAAGUCUAAUUUUUACCCCAACUUUUAAUUACAUUUCCUUUCAAUCUUAUUCCAGAGCUUUUUAAAUUAUUUUUUUUUACAUAAUACAUUUUCCUUAUAGUGGUAGAAUUUAGGUGCACGAAGUUUAAUAAGCGGCCGACAUGGAAAUUGGGAAGCUGGAACCGAGCGGCGGAAAAGCCACACCACGGCGAGCGUGUUCAGUUCUCUAACGAGGACAACCGGCAAUUCUGUGGGGAAGACGUGGUGGAUUUGACGACUUCUUGGGACAUUCUGCCUCCUGUUUGCUCUCCCGAGUUUUUGAUUCAAAGUUGAGGGGGCAAAAUGGCGGCCGAUUCCGUGCAGGGUGAUGCCCGAGGUCACAUGGUUUCAGAUCGUCUGAGCAUGAUGGGACUCAGCAUGGACCUGUCCGAUACCUCAGUGCAACAGAAGCUGGAUGAGAUCAAGGACCAGAUCAAGCGCGAGCUCCGCAAAGAGCUCAAGAUCAAGGAAGGAGCGGAGAACCUGCGCAAAGCAACCACAGACAAGAAGAGCCUGGCUUACGUAGACAGCAUGCUGAAGAAGAGCAAUAAGAAGGUGGAGGAGCUGCACCAGGAGCUACAGGAGCUCAACGCCCACAUCGUGGUCAAAGACCCUGACGAGCUCAAAGUUUCAGAGUACCCUAUGACUCCUGACACUCCAGUCAGCACCAACACCAGUCGCCUGGCUGCGCUCAAGAAACAGAACGACAUCGAGCUCAAAGUGAAGCAGGGUGCCGAGAACAUGAUACAGAUGUACUCCAAUGGUUCCCACAAGGAUCGUAAGCUACUUGCCAUGGCCCAGCAAAUGCUCCAGGAUAGCAAGACCAAAAUUGAGUUUAUCCGCAUGCAGAUCCUCAAAGCGAGUCAGAACAAUGAGAGCUUUGAGAAUAAUGAAGUGCCUACAAACAAGUCUAUAAUCAGUCCUCUCGAUCUGCGGCUGGAGGAGCUUCGUCAUCACUUCAGGAUCGAGUCUGCUGUUGCAGAGGGAGCCAAAAAUGUCAUGAAGCUGCUCGGCUCAGGGAAAGCUCACUCAGAGGCCCAGGCACGCUUUAACGAGUCGAGUCAGAAGCUGGACCUGCUGAGGUAUUCUCUGGAGCAGAGGCUGAGCGAGAUGUCACAUAGUCAUCCGAAAGCCAGUCUGAUCUCCGAGGAGCUCUUAAUGUUGGCGAGUCCUCAAAGUCCACGGCAGAGUAUCAUCUCCUCCCACAACCAGUAUAGCACUGUGGCUAAACCAGCAGCUCUCACAGGAACAUUGGAGGUGAGGCUCAUGGGCUGUCAGGAUCUGCUGGAUAGUGUUCCAGGUCGGUCCAAAACAGCAUCCUUGCCCUUGCCUGGCUGGAGCCCGAGUGAAGCACGGUCCUCCUUCAUGAGCCGAACAAACAAAAACAAAUCAGGCAGCAGCAGAACCCUCUCCAAAGCGGACGAGCUGUCCAAUGAGAUCAGCGCUGUUCUGAAACUGGACAACACAGUCGUGGGCCAGACGUCCUGGAGACCAAUCAGCAACCAGUCCUGGGAUCAGAAAUACACACUGGAGCUCGAUCGGUCUCGUGAGUUGGAGAUCUCCGUGUACUGGAGGGACUGGCGCUCUCUGUGUGCCGUCAAGUUCCUGAGGCUGGAGGACUUCCUGGACAAUCAGCGUCAUGGCAUGUGCCUCUACCUGGAGCCUCAAGGAACUCUCUUUGCAGAGGUCACAUUUUUUAAUCCAGUCAUUGAGAGGCGACCAAAACUACAAAGGCAAAAGAAAAUCUUCUCAAAACAACAAGGUAAAACAUUCCUGCGCGCACCUCAAAUGAACAUCAAUAUCGCCACGUGGGGGCGUUUGAUGAGAAGAGCAAUUCCGUCCGUCAACAAUUCCUUCAGUCCGCAGGUGGCUGAGCUCGGAUCAGCGCUGAGCCCUGAAACGGGAAUCCUCGGCCACCCAGAUUCUCCAUCUCUGUCCAGUGAUCCGACCGUGACCAAAUUAGACUUCGACAAAGGCGCCACUCCUCCUCCGAAACGCCACCCCACCCCUGCUGCUGAGCUAGAAGAAGAAGAGGAGGAAGAAACACCAACACAAGAAAAAACCUUUGAAAGGAAUGAGGUCCAGGAUGCAUUAUCCACGUUCGACUUCCUGAACGACAGCCGGAACAGUACAGUGUCCAAGCAGGAAUAUGAAAGUCCGGUUGAAGAUGAAAUUCAGCAGCCUGAUCUCAAGCUUAAAGAGCAACACCAUAUUGAGCCAAGGGAAGACCCAGAUGUUCAGUUUAGUCUCAGAGACUUUUCUUGUGUGGCUGUUCUUGGCCGUGGACACUUUGGAAAGGUGUUACUGGCAGAAUACAAGAACACUGGGGAAAUGUUUGCCAUCAAAGCACUGAAGAAAGGUGAUAUUGUUGCUCGUGAUGAAGUCGACAGCCUGAUGUGUGAGAAGAGGAUUUUCGAGACAGUGAACAGCGUCCGGCAUCCGUUCCUGGUCAAUCUCUUUGCUUGUUUCCAGACCAAGGAGCAUGUGUGUUUUGUAAUGGAGUACGCAGCAGGAGGGGACUUGAUGAUGCACAUCCAUGCCGACGUGUUCUCAGAGCCACGUGCAGUUUUCUAUGCUGCCUGUGUGGUCUUGGGCCUGCAGUUUCUGCAUGAGCAUAAAAUUGUAUACAGGGACUUGAAGCUGGAUAAUCUGUUGCUGGAUACUGAAGGAUAUGUAAAGAUUGCUGACUUUGGGCUCUGCAAAGAAGGGAUGGGCUUUAGAGAUCGCACAAGUACAUUCUGUGGCACUCCUGAGUUCCUGGCUCCUGAGGUCCUGACGGAAACUUCAUACACACGGGCUGUAGACUGGUGGGGUUUGGGUGUGCUUAUCUUCGAGAUGUUGGUUGGAGAGUCUCCAUUUCCAGGCGAUGACGAGGAGGAGGUGUUUGACAGUAUCGUCAACGAUGAAGUCCGGUACCCACGAUUCCUCUCCACAGAGGCCAUCUCCAUAAUGAGACGACUCUUGAGAAGAAAUCCCGAGCGACGCCUCGGUGCAGGAGAGCGGGACGCUGAAGAAGUGAAGAAGCAUCCGUUUUUUAGAAACGUGGAUUGGUCUGCUCUGUUAGCUAAGAAGAUCCGGCCUCCGUUCAUGCCCACCAUUAAAGGACGGGAGGAUGUUAGUAACUUUGAUGAUGAGUUCACCUCGGAGGCUCCGAUCCUUACCCCACCACGUGAGCCCAGAAUCCUCAACACCUCAGAACAGGAGCUCUUCACAGACUUCGACUACAUCGCUGACUGGUGUUAGCUUCUCCAGCUGACCAUCAACAGCCCACACACACUCAAUACUGUGAACCAAAUGGACAAACAAGGCUCACUGCCAGAACCAGAGAACCUCUCUGUAAGGACCACUUCCCUCUUGCUCUUAUCUGUGUCAGCUGUUUUUUUUUUUUUCCCCUCCCUUUUAACAAAAAGUUUUUACCAAGUCUCUACAUUCAGCUGGGAAAGUCCAGGUAGCCCAACAUAGCUCCUCUUUUUUCUAUUUUUUUUCCUUUUCAGUCAAGAGCACUGAGAUUUCUCAUGAGUGGUGUCCAUUUACAAGUUCUCCUCUUCAAUGAAGUCCUCUUUUGCUGGUUGUUCACUACAAAACUUCACUUCAAGCUAAUAAUGUGCUUGCUAUAUUAACAAAAAAAACUCGUCUAACCAAGUGAAACACUACAAAGACUUUGUUUUGCGAAGCUCAUAGACAUUCCCCACUUUACAACACUUAUCUUUUGAUUCGCAUAUUUAUUUAGCGUCUUCCUCCCCCAUGGUGCCUUAAACUUAUCACUGAUAGAGGGCUUCCAGAAAAUCAGCAUCAGGUACUGAAAACCUCCAACACACACCGCCAAUCCGGCUCUUUAUGCAAUCGGGGGAGUCCUUGGCCAAGACCACCCAACAGACCAAUCUUGACACAAGAUGAAAGACGUCUUUUUUUUUCAUCUCUGGUGGUUUUCAGACUUAAUUUCCACUUAAGUAUGUAUUCAUAUCAUAAUUGAAAAAGUGUAACUUAUAGUUUUUAUAUUAUAUUUUUAGGAAAUUAGCAACUUUGAUCUGCUGUAUGGUAUGCAUAUGUGCGUGUUCUUUUUUUUUAUUUUUUAAUAUAUGAAUUGUAUGGUUUUCAUUAAGGAGAGGGCAGCUCAAAUCACAGAGCAAUCAUAAACCUGACAAAUGGAAUGUAAAAAUGUAUAUUCAUCAAAAAGAACACUAAAGUGUAUAUUUUUGGCACAUGGAUAUGCCAAAGCCUGUAUUUUUUAGUCUGUUUUUUAAAAUGAUGAUCAUAGAGUGACUUGCAGAUCUUUCCUGAUGAUACUUGGCAAAAGAUGUUUUUACACAGUUUGUGAUUCUGUGUGCCGAGCAACAAUGCUGUUUUGGAGGACGUUUGGACCUUACCUGGUCUUCCUGGUGGACGAAAUCCCUGGAUAUUGGUUUCUAAUCCAUGGACUGCUAAUGCACAGCAGACUCAUCCCCUCAGUCAGAGUGAGCUCUUAGGGACUCUUGCCAAUGAUUUCACUCUGUGUAUCACCAAAUGUUUUUCAAAUACACUCUGUACCCACAAUAGUGUCUGCUCUUUGUCUCCUCCUCCUGGUAAAAGCCGUAGAGGAUGCAUGCACUAAGUAAAUAAACUAAGACAUGCCAUAGGCCGUGUUUUAAGUGAGCACA